AUGCCUAAUUCAAUUUCUAUAAAUGCAUUACAAAAUUUUCUUGAACAAAUGGAAAGUGGCUAUAGUAAAUAUCGUAAUCCAUAUCAUAAUUUAAUUCAUGCAGCUGAUGUUUUACAAACAACAUAUCAAAUCAUCUAUAAUUCUGGUCUCAUGGUAGAGAAUUGGCUUAAUGAUCAUGAAUUAUUUGCAAUGUUUAUUGCAGCUAUUAUUCAUGAUUUUGAACAUACAGGAACAUCAAAUAAUUUUCAUAUACAAUCGAGAUCGGAUGUUGCAUUAAUCUAUAAUGAUCGUGCUGUACUUGAAAAUCAUCAUGUAAGUGCUGCAUUUCGAUUAAUGCGAAUAGAUGAUUAUAAUAUAUUAUCUGAAUUUUCAUCGGAUGAAUAUAAAAAUUUUCGACAUUUGGUUAUUGAAAUGGUACUUGCUACUGAUAUGAGUUCUCAUUUUACACAAUUAAAAACAAUGAAAAGUCUUUUAAGUAUGCCAGAAAAUAUUGAAAAAUCUAAAGCAUUAGCACUUGUACUUCAUAGUGCUGAUAUAAGUCAUCCAGGAAAACCAUGGACUAUGCAUCAUUCAUGGACAGAAUUAUUAAUGGAAGAAUAUUUUAAACAAGGUGAAAAAGAAAAAGAACUUGGUCUACCUUGUUCACCUUUAUGUGAUCGAGAUAAUACACUUAUUGCUGAAUCUCAAAUUGGUUUUAUUCAAUAUAUAGUUGAACCUUCAUUUGUUGUUAUGGGUGAUAUGCUUGAAAAGAUUCUUAAAUCAUUAUCUGUUCCCGAUUCUGAACUUCCAUCACCAUCGAUACAUGCUAAAAGUGUUGUUUCAUCACCUUCACCACCACCAUCACCAAAAUCAUCGAAUGGUUCUAAUACUCAACAUGAUGAGCAAUUAGAAAAUGGACGUGAAAGAAAACCAUCAUCAAUGACAACACCUAUAUCUCGACCAACAACCGUUCGACGACCAUGGAUUGAAUAUCUUAAAGAAAAUCGUGAACGAUGGAUAAGAGAAGCAGAAGAAGAAAAACGUCGAAGAGAAUUAAAAGUUAUUGAAGAAGAACCAUAA